UGGCCGGCCGCAAGUCCACGCCGCUGCACUUCGCCGCCGGUUUUGGAAGAAAGGAUGUUGUAGAGCACUUGCUACAGACAGGAGCCAACGUUCACGCUCGUGACGAUGGAGGGCUGAUACCCCUUCACAAUGCCUGUUCGUUCGGUCACGCUGAAGUGGUUAGUCUGUUACUGUGUCAAGGGGCAGACCCAAAUGCUAGAGACAAUUGGAACUACACUCCUUUGCACGAAGCUGCUAUCAAGGGCAAGAUAGAUGUGUGUAUUGUGCUGCUGCAGCACGGAGCUGAUCCAAACAUUCGGAACACCGAUGGGAAAUCUGCACUGGAUCUGGCAGACCCUUCAGCAAAAGCUGUACUCACAGGUGAAUACAAGAAGGACGAACUCCUGGAAGCUGCUAGGAGUGGUAAUGAAGAAAAGCUGAUGGCUUUAUUGACUCCUUUGAAUGUGAACUGCCAUGCGAGUGAUGGGCGUAAGUCCACUCCUUUACACCUAGCAGCAGGCUACAACAGAGUUCGAAUAGUCCAACUUCUGCUUCAGCAUGGUGCAGAUGUUCACGCAAAGGACAAAGGUGGUCUUGUGCCUCUUCAUAAUGCGUGUUCCUACGGACACUACGAGGUUACAGAGCUGCUGCUUAAGCAUGGUGCCUGUGUGAAUGCGAUGGACCUCUGGCAAUUUACCCCCUUGCACGAGGCUGCUUCCAAGAACCGCGUAGAGGUCUGCUCCCUCCUGCUGAGCCACGGUGCAGAUCCCACCUUAGUCAACUGCCACGGCAAGAGCGCGGUGGAUAUGGCUCCAACGCCUGAGCUAAGGGAGAGACUGACUUAUGAAUUCAAAGGACACUCAUUACUGCAAGCAGCCAGAGAGGCAGACCUAGCCAAAGUGAAAAAGACACUUGCUUUGGAAAUCAUUAAUUUUAAACAGCCUCAGUCUCAUGAGACUGCACUGCACUGUGCUGUGGCCGCUGUGCAUCCCAAGCGGAAGCAAGUUACAGAACUAUUGCUUAGGAAAGGAGCAAAUGUUAAUGAGAAAAACAAAGAUUUCAUGACACCUUUGCAUGUUGCAGCUGAAAAAGCUCAUAAUGAUGUCAUGGAAGUUCUGCAUAAACAUGGAGCAAAGAUGAAUGCACUGGACACACUUGGUCAAACAGCGUUGCACAGGGCUGCGUUAGCAGGUCACUUGCAAACCUGCCGGCUCUUGCUGAGUUAUGGCUCUGAUCCUUCCAUCAUCUCUUUACAAGGCUUCACAGCAGCACAGAUGGGAAAUGAAGCAGUGCAACAGAUUCUAAGCGAAAGUACACCUGUGCACACAUCUGAUGUGGAUUAUCGGUUGUUAGAAGCAUCCAAAGCUGGAGACUUGGAAACUGUGAAGCAACUUUGCAGCCCUCAGAAUGUGAAUUGCAGAGAUUUGGAAGGCCGUCAUUCAACGCCCCUGCACUUCGCUGCAGGAUAUAAUCGCGUAUCAGUGGUGGAGUAUCUGUUGCACCAUGGAGCAGAUGUGCAUGCCAAAGAUAAAGGUGGCUUAGUACCCCUGCACAAUGCCUGUUCUUAUGGACACUACGAAGUGGCUGAACUCUUAGUGAGGCACGGUGCUUCUGUCAACGUGGCAGACCUGUGGAAAUUCACCCCUCUACAUGAAGCAGCAGCAAAAGGAAAAUAUGAAAUCUGCAAGCUGCUUUUAAAGCAUGGAGCUGAUCCAACAAAAAAGAAUCGAGAUGGGAACACUCCUCUAGAUUUGGUGAAAGAAGGAGACACUGAUAUCCAGGACUUACUGCGAGGAGACGCUGCCUUGCUAGAUGCUGCCAAGAAAGGGUGCCUGGCACGAGUGCAGAAGCUAUGUACUCAAGAAAAUAUCAAUUGCAGAGACACCCAGGGAAGAAAUUCAACACCGCUACAUCUUGCAGCUGGUUACAACAAUUUGGAAGUAGCUGAAUACCUUCUUGAGCAUGGUGCUGAUGUUAACGCCCAGGACAAAGGAGGAUUAAUCCCCCUACAUAAUGCAGCAUCCUAUGGGCAUGUGGAUAUCGCAGCGCUGCUGAUCAAAUACAACACAUGCGUAAAUGCAACAGAUAAAUGGGCUUUCACACCACUGCAUGAAGCUGCACAAAAAGGAAGGACACAACUCUGUGCUCUGCUGUUAGCUCAUGGAGCAGAUCCAACAAUGAAGAAUCAAGAGGGUCAGACACCACUGGACCUGGCAACAGCUGACGAUAUCCGAGCUUUGCUGAUAGAUGCGAUGCCUCCAGAAGCUUUGCCUACAUGCUUUAAGCCUCAAGCUACUGUUGUCAGUGCCUCCCUGAUCUCACCAGCAUCUACACCGUCCUGCCUCUCCGCUGCCAGCAGUAUAGAUAACCUCACUGGGCCACUGGCAGAACUAGCCGUAGGAGGGUCAUCGAAUGCUGGUGAUGGAGCAGCAGGGACUGAAAGGAAGGAAGGAGAAGUUUCUGGACUUGACAUGAACAUUACCCAGUUCCUUAAAAGCCUGGGUCUUGAACACCUUCGGGACAUCUUUGAAACAGAACAG